AUGGGCGGCCCCUAUGUCCCCCCGGGCCAGUCACCGCCGUUCGAGGUGGUUGAUGACUACCACCAUGGGGCAUGGAUAAUCAUUACAGUUGCUUUGGGACUGGUGAUCUCACUGGUUUGCUUUUUGAUUCGGCUUUAUGUCCGGCUCAUGCUGAUUCCGCCGUUUUCGCGCGAUGACUUUGUUUUGUUGGGAGCGACGACAGUGGCAAUUGUACAAUCGAUAUUAAUCUUCUACGCCUGUUCACGCGGAUUCGGGAGCUCGAUUACCUUGCUGGACGAUAGCCGACUUAACCAGAUCCAGGCAUUAAUUGCAACAAGCGAUAUCUUCGCUUUGAUUAUUAUUUACCUCUCCAAGUGCUGUGUUGUCGCCAUUUAUCUGCGCCUCACCCCUCAGAAAUCACACAACCUCGCCUCGUGGGCCACAAUGGCUCUGUGCACCGCAUGGCUUAUUCCUGCCGUAUUCAUAUUGCUGGUCAACUGCGAACUGAACAAGCCUUGGAGAACCCAGGGAGGCCAAUGCCGGAAUUUGUAUAAACGAUGGCAAUUCAUCGCAGCACUGGACAUAGUCACUGAGCUCAUUAUAUUCCUUCUAGCAGUCGCUCUUCUCAAGGGCCUGUUCAUGUCGGUGAAGCGCAAGCUCGCCAUUGGCUUUGCAUUUAUCUUUCGAUUUCCCCUCAUCAUCUUCACCCUCCUCCACAUUUCAAACCUUCACUCCGCCCUCAACGACCCGGACGUCACGCUUGCAGCCGCCGAACCCACCCUCUGGCUCCAGGUCGAAGUACACUAUGCCCUCGUCGCCUGCAGCGUAUUUUGCCUCCGUCCGUUCAUGGCAGCCGUCAGCACAAACUAUGGAACAGCUGGUGACUCGAACUUGGAAAGCAGUGCCUCGCGAUCACGGGGCACGAAGGGAAGCUCGAAGUCGGGGUCGAAUUCAAAUUCUGCUUCGGGCUCGAACUCCGCCUCGAGAUCAAGAUCGCUUUCUCGCGUACAAAGGAAACGGGCCGGAACCGUGUCAAGGUCAAAAUCGAGGAUCGAGAUCCCCCGCUCCGUGUCGAAGGAACGAAUUUACCAGGACGAGCCAAAGCUUCUUGGCGAGAACAGAGAAUAUGACCGACAGAAGAAGAAACAGGCUGUGCAUGCGGCGGCUGAUACUCCUAUUCGAGCCCCACUUCGUCGGUCAAUGUUUCCACUUGGCGUGUCUAGCCAGCCGACCUUCAAGAAGACAGACGGAGCACAAGGAAAGAGCCGAGGACAAACAACAGAUCCAUCUCUGUUGGACUGCGAUGCCAUUGAGCUCAUGCCUCAAUUACAUCGGCAGCAUGCACGGCAGGAAAACCAGGAACGCUUUGCAGGAGAAGAUCUAGAUCAGAUGAUUAUCCGCAAGGAGGUGCAAUACUCGGUCGAGUACGAGUAUGAUGAGGCGCAGCGAAGGGGACAAGGUUCGUCGAAGAGGACUUCUCACGAUGAGGUGGCCUAUGUGUAA